AUGGGAUGGGCAGGGAAGGGCAAGAUUCCUCAGCCUGCGCAGCCGCAAAGCACCGCAGCGGUGCGGGGUAGCUCAGGCGCUGCGCACUUGCCAGUCAGUCCGCCUGUCCGGAGCCCGGCUCGCUGGGGCAGCAUGGCGGGGUCGCCACUUACAGGCGAGGAUCGGUGCCUGGCCGCUGGCCCCUUAUCCUCGCUGGCCCCAGUUCUUGGGACCUGUGGAGAGAUCGGCCAUGGGGGCCUGGGGUCCAGCCUCCAGUCUGCGCCCAGGCCAUGCCAGCCUCCAUCUCUUGGGUGUGCGGGUGGCAGUAUCUGGGGGUCGUCUGGCCGCCGCGCCCUGCCCGCACUAGGCGCUGGGCCCGGCCUUGCCCCGCCCGCCGUCUGUGGCGCUGUCCACGGGCGUAGCACACUGGAAGGCGAGGGAUGCGGACCUCGGUCUGUGUCCGAAAGAUGUGAUGGCAGGGAUAUGAGUGCGUGCUGUCUCUGUGUGUUUCUUUUGAUUGUGGUGCGUGCUCUUGCAUCUACAUGGCUUGGCAAUUGUAACUGCAUAGCAUUGGAGCCCCGCAGCCUGGGCGCAGCCUCGCCGCCCUUGGCUGAGGCCAGCGCUCCCCGCCGCUUCCGGCGGGCGGCGCCGAGGGGAGAGGCUGCGGGGGCUGUGCAGGAGCUGGCGCGGGCGCUGGCGCACCUGCUGGAAGCCGAACGGCAGGAGCGGGCGCGGGCUGAGGCGCAGGAGGCCGAGGAUCAGCAGGCGCGCGUCCUGGCGCAGCUCCGGCGCAUCUGGGGCGCACCCCGUACCAGUGACCCGGCCCUGGGCCUAGAGAACGACCCCGACGCGCCCGCCGCGCAGCUCGCCCGUGCCCUGCUCCGCGCCCGCCUGGACCCGGCGGCCCUGGCAGCCCAGCUUGUCCCCGCCCCUCCCCCCGCCGCGGCGCUCAGACUCCGGCCCCCAGUCUACGACGAUGGCCCCACGGGCCCCGAUGGCGAGGACGCCGGCGACGAGACGCCAGACCUGGACCCCGAGCUGCUGAGGUAUUUGUUGGGUCGGAUCCUAACGGGAAUCGCCGACACCGAAGCCGUCGCUGCCCCGCGUCGCCUCCGCCGCGCCGCCGACCAGGAUAUGGGCCCUGAGCUACCCGCUGAGGGCGUGCUGGGGGCCCUGCUGCGUGUGAAGCGUCUGGAGACCCCCGCACCCCAAGCGCCGGCGCGCCGCCUCCUGCCCUGAGCACCGCCUGGAUCCCGUGCACCCUCCUGCCCAGGACACCCUGCCAGCUCCCGCCAGCCACAGUUGCUGCCCUCGAACCCCAGGAUCCCCACCCAACCCCACAAUAAAUAUGAUCUGAAGCAGUUAUGUA